AUGGCCUCAAAGUUUGAAAUCCCCAAACUUCCAAACGUGGAGCAGAUGGAUUUCAGCAAGAUGGACAUGACGGAUCCAGACAAAGUCAACAUUGAAGCAUACUUCACAGCUUCUGAGCUUGCCAAGCUGUCAGAUUAUGAAAAACUCAGACUCAGAAAUAUUAAAAGAAAUUAUCAAGUCUUAAAAGAUUUAGGUCUCCCAAUUGCUAAGCCUCAGUUCAUGAAGCCAAAGAAGAAACCAGCUCAGAAGAAAAAGGUGAAAGAUGAGAGUUCUGGCAGCGAUGAAGAGUGGACACCAGAGUUAGACAGAAGAAAGAGUGGAAGAGCAUUAAAGAGUGUGGAAAGAUUUCAACCUCCACCUAAGCCAGACAGAACUGUACAGAGAACAAAAACAAAAGUAAACAGCAUGAAAGAUAAAGAGGAGAAUUUAAAGGCAAUAAAAACCAAGAAAAAAUCUGUGUCAUUGGGAACAAAUUCAACAUCAAACAUUGUUCAUAAAGGAGUACACCAACCAAGAUAUCCUAAAAGAAAAGCUGGGGACAAAAACUACAAAGACCUAGAGGUGCCAGAUGAUGAUGCCUUUUUGUACUGUGAUGAGUGUAACAUGGAGUAUGCAGGAGACUGUCCAGUGCAUGGACCUCUCAAUAUCGUAGAAGAUGUACAGGUACCAGCUGAUGGUUCAGAUCCAGAGAGAGCAAGGAAAACCCUGCCUCCUUAUUUCAACAUUUAUACCUCACAAAUUCCUGAUGCAGGUCUUGGAGUUUGGGUCAUCAGAACACUCAAAAAUAGAACCAGGUUUGGACCUUACGAGGGAGAGAUUUCUACAGAUACAGCAAAGGCACAUGAGUCUGGUUACAGUUGGCAGGUAUACAAAGAAGGUCAACCCAGUCAUUUUGUAGAUGCUCAGGAUCCCUCCAAAGCCAACUGGAUGCGUUAUGUGAACUGUGCAAGAACUGAGAGAGAACAAAAUCUUGUGGCAUUCCAGUACCAUGGUCAGAUAUAUUAUAAAACUAUCAAACCUAUACCUGAAGGCAAUGAACUUCUGGUGUGGUAUGGAGAUGCAUAUGCCAUGGAACUGGGAAUAGAUAAAACCAAGCCAGAAAGCAACCUGGAUCUGCUCAGGAAGUUGAAUGUUGAGGUUUAUGAAUGUGACAUAUGUGGAAAGCUGUUUGCUGAUGAUGAAUAUUUGGUGAAACACCGGAAACGCCAUCCAGACAUGACUGGGAGUAAGAAGUACAAAUGUGCAUUUUGUAACUACUCCACAAAUUCUGUUGCUGGUCAUCAGAACCAUCUACUGACCCACACAGGUGAACGACCUCACAAGUGUGAAGUAUGUGGGAAAGGUUUCAGUCUGGAACAUGAUUUGAUCAAACACAAACGCAUCCACACAGGAGAAAAACCUUACAAGUGUACUGUAUGUGGGAAGAGGUUUAAUCAGCUGUCACAUUUACACACACAUCAGAGGAUUCAUGACAACAGUAUAGUGUUUACAUGUACUGUGUGUGGUAAACAGUGUAGUCAGGCUGGUGUCUUGAAGAGACACAUGAGAAUCCACACUGGAGAAAAACCUUACAAAUGCCAAUUCUGUGAUAAGAGGUUUAACAGAGAUUUCAUACUGAAGAGACACAUGAGAAUUCACACUGGAGAAAAACCUUACAAAUGUCAAUUCUGUGAUAAGAGGUUUAAUCAGCUUCCCAGUCUGAAAGGACACAUGAGUGUCCACACUGGAGAAAAACCUUACAAAUGUCAAUUCUGUGAUAGAGGAUUUAACUUUAAUUGUGAUAUGCAUAAACAUAUAAGAAAAGUUCAUCCUGAAGAUGCAUGUUGA